UGCUUUGCUUUGCGCUCCAGAGUCGGUCGGGGGGAACACGCUUCUGGACCAGCCGGGCUGCUCGCCGUCCAGCGGAAAAAAAACUCACCCAGCCCGCCAGCCUGACACACUUUCCAGACUGCCUUCGUCGUCGUUGCCUCCUCACAUUUGUUUGCUUAAGCACAAGCCGAAUUUUUUAGUACUCCAGAUCAGGCCGGCCAAUAUCGGAUGUGAUGUCCAGCUCGCCGCUGUCCAAGAAGCGUCGCUUGUCAGGAUCAGAGACGAAGACGGGAUCCCAUUGCUCCUCCUCCAACUCUGUCAGAACUGAUCUGUCCCACACACCUGCCAACGGCAUGGCUAAGAAUGGCAAUGAUGCUGAGAUUGAUGAAGGCCUGUACUCCAGACAGCUUUAUGUGUUGGGCCAUGAUGCGAUGAAGCGCAUGCAGAACUCCAAUGUCCUCAUCUCUGGAAUGCGAGGUCUUGGAGUGGAGAUUGCCAAGAAUGUUAUCCUUGGUGGGGUUCGCAGUGUCACUGUUCAUGACGAUGGUGUUGCAGAAUGGAGGGACCUUUCCUCUCAGUUUUACCUCCGUGAGGAGGAUCUGGGAAAGAACCGGGCUGAGGUUAGUCAGCCUCGUUUGGCUGAGCUCAACAACUAUGUUCCUGUGACUGCCUACACAGGAACAUUGACGGAGGAUUACCUGUUAAAGUUCCAGGUAGUGGUUCUUACAAUCUCCUCACUAGAAGAGCAGAAGAACCUUGGGGAGUUCUGCCACAAGAAAGGAAUCAAGCUUAUCAUUGCAGAUACUCGUGGUCUCUUCGGGCAGCUUUUCUGCGACUUCGGAGAUGACAUGGUGGUGUUUGACACUAAUGGGGAGCAGCCUCUGAGUGCCAUGAUUUCAAUGAUCACAAAGGACAAUCCUGGAGUUGUGACAUGUCUGGAUGAGGCCCGUCACGGUUUCGAGACUGGGGACCAAGUCUCUUUCAGUGAGAUUCAGGGAAUGACAGAGCUUAAUGGCCACAAGCCAGUUGAGAUCAAGGUCCUCGGUCCAUAUACUUUCAGCAUCUGUGACACAGCUGCUUUUUCAAACUACGUUCGAGGAGGGAUAGUUUCCCAGGUCAAAGUGCCCAAGAGCAUUUGUUUUAAAUCACUCUCUUCUUCCAUGGCUGAGCCAGAAUUUGUCAUGACCGACUUUGCCAAGUUUGACCGUCCAGGUCAGCUGCAUCUUGGCUUCCAGGCUGUUCAUGCAUUCCAGGCGAAACACAACCGCCUUCCGGCUCCUUGGAACCAGGCUGAUGGUGAUGAACUGCUUGCUCUGGCCAAUGAGUUGAACGCCGCCCAGACUGGCUCGGCAAAACUGGAUCAGUUGGAUGAAGCUCUGAUCAAGAAGCUGGCGUUUGUGUCCGCUGGAGAUCUGGCACCGGUUAAUGCUUUCAUUGGUGGACUAGCUGCGCAGGAAGUGAUGAAGGCUUGCACUGGGAAGUUCAUGCCGAUCAUGCAGUGGCUGUACUUCGAUGCCUUGGAGUGCCUUGCUGAGGACGAUGGAGUCAUGCCCACGGAGGAGGAGUGCGCCCCUAGGCAGUGCAGGUAUGAUGGGCAGAUAGCUGUGUUUGGCACCAAGCUCCAGGAUCUUCUGGCUAAGCAGCGUUACUUCCUGGUGGGGGCCGGUGCCAUCGGCUGUGAGCUGUUGAAAAACUUUGCCAUGAUCGGGCUGGCUUCCGGAGAGGGUGAGGUCAUCGUCACAGACAUGGACACCAUCGAGAAGUCCAACCUGAACAGACAGUUCCUCUUCAGACCAGCUGAUGUGACAAAAAUGAAGAGUGAUACGGCCGCAGCUGCAGUGAAACAGAUGAACCCAUCAAUCCGGAUCACAGGGCACCAGAACCGGGUCGGCCCCGAAACAGAGAAGUUCUAUGACGACGACUUCUUUGAGAGACUCGACGGGGUGGCGAACGCACUCGACAAUGUUGACGCUCGCAUGUAUAUGGACAGACGGUGUGUGUACUACCGGAAACCUCUUCUGGAGUCUGGCACUCUUGGCACAAAAGGCAACGUCCAGGUGGUGAUCCCGUUCAUCACCGAAUCAUACAGCUCCAGUCAGGACCCGCCAGAAAAGUCCAUCCCCAUCUGCACGCUGAAGAACUUCCCCAAUGCCAUCGAGCACACACUGCAGUGGGCACGUGAUGAAUUCGAAGGACUUUUCAAACAGCCACCAGAGAGCGCAAUGCAGUACCUCCAAGACCCCAAGUUCAUGGAGCGCACUCUCAAACUUCCUGGUGCUCAGCCUGUUGAGGUUCUGGAGGCUGUCUUCAACAAUCUGGUCCGGGACUGCCCCAAAAGCUGGGCUGACUGUGUGGCCUGGGCUCGCAAGCACUGGCAAGUCCAGUACAGCAACAACAUCCGCCAACUUCUGCACAACUUCCCCCCAGACCAGCUGACCAGCUCUGGUGCCCCCUUCUGGUCGGGUCCAAAGAGAUGUCCUCACCCCCUAGAAUUCAGCACGAGUAACGACCUGCACAUGGACUACGUCCUGGCUGGUGCCAACCUGUUUGCUCAGACGUACGGCCUGCAAGGCAGCCGAGACAGAGAUGCUCUCAUCAAGAUCCUGGAGGGGGUCCAGGUGCCGGUAUUCACCCCGCGCUCAGGCGUCAAGAUCCACGUCUCAGAUCAGGAGCUGCAGAACAGCAAUUCCUCUGUUGAUGACACCCGACUGGAGGAGCUGAAGGACAAGCUGCCGAACCCCGACACCGCUCAGUUCAGACUCUGCCCCAUCGAUUUUGAGAAGGACGAUGAUGAUAAUUUCCACAUGGACUUCAUUGUAGCUGCUUCAAAUCUCAGAGCAGAGAACUACGACAUUCCACCCACAGACAGACACAAGAGCAAACUGAUUGCAGGGAAGAUCAUCCCGGCGAUCGCCACAACAACAGCCGCUGUGGUGGGGCUGGUCUGUUUGGAGCUCCUCAAGAUCGUGCAAGGACACAAGAAACUGGAGUCCUUCAAGAACGGCUUCAUGAACCUGGCCCUUCCUUUCUUUGCCUUCUCUGAACCGAUCGCUGCUCCCAAACACAAGUACUAUGAGAAUGAAUGGUCGUUGUGGGAUCGAUUCGAGGUGACAGGGAUCCAACCGAACGGAGAGGAGAUGACCCUUCAGCAGUUUCUGGACUACUUCAAAAACGAGCAAAAGCUGGAGAUCACCAUGCUUUCUCAGGGAGUGUCGAUGCUCUACUCGUUCUUCAUGCCCAACGCCAAGCUCAACGAGAGACUGGUCAUGCCGAUGACUGAGAUCGUCACCAAAGUGUCUAAGAAGAAGCUGGGGAAGCACGUGAAGGCGCUCGUCUUUGAGCUCUGCUGCAACGACCUGUCGGAUGAAGACGUGGAGGUGCCCUACGUCCGGUACACCAUCCGCUGAGCGACCCGCCCACCCACCUGCCCGUCUGAGCAAAGGUGGGGGCUGGUGGGGCACAGAGGGGGAUCGAUGUUUUUUCAGUGCAGAGUUGAUUUCUUCGGGGGGUGGGUGAGGGGGCCGACCCAGGUCAGCUGUAUUGGGCUCGGUUUGUUUAGGCCUUACAGGGUCCGAGUGUAAAUAGCCCCGGUCAGCUGACUGGAGGAUUCCCGUCUGUGUGCUGAGGAUCCAGCUGCGGGGGUGCGGCGGGAAGAAGGGGACACAUGUACGUGUCCAGAAUCAUCACAAAAUCGGAGACUUUCUGGUGCGCCACAGCCCCCUCUAGUGUCCCUUUGAAGCAUCGUCACACUCCUGCGCACCACCGUGUUAAACCCCCGAUCCUCGUUUCAAAGCCCAGAAACCCAAAUUUCCAACACGUCGUCGCUGCCCUCAAUCUUCACCCACACGAGUGUUAAAAUCUUGACUGGAUCGUCUCUCCCACGGCCGCCACCCACCGGUCCUCGAGCGGCACCCUGCGUCUCUGGAGGAGCUCUCUGUUUUCUAUUCUCUUUACAUUUUGUUUCCCCCGAUCCUGAUUUGAAGGGCAGUUCUCUUCCACACUCACCUGUAGAUGAUGAACGGUGUUUCUCUUUCUACUCGACUCCAAGCUGACGGUGAGAGCGAGAUGUGAUGUUUGUCGGGAGCACUUAGUGUGGUAGUGAAUAAACGUUGAUAAAACACUGACUCGUCUC